GAAUAGUUGAUCCUUCUCUCCACUCCACCCCACUCCACCCCACUCAGCCAUUGUCUCUUCGCACUUGCCCCCUGUCCCCCUGUUGGAUGGAUCACAGCUCGAGACUCGGGCUGCGAUCUAAACAGGGUCAUUCAACGCAACACAGCACAGCUUGACACUCGACCUGAAGCCGACGUUUUUGCUUUUCUCGCCCCGCACUUUCGUUUAACAAUCUCCUUCUGUUUCCUCAGAGUCUUCAUUCCGUGGACCUCCUCCCUCGCUUCUCCCCACAAUCCACUGUUCUUUUCUUCGUACAAUGGACCCUUACAGGAGACCGGAUCAAUCGCCAGCAGUAAUGUACAUAAUGGACUUUGCCGAAGAUUUAGGAUUAGGAUUUGUCAAGAGGAUUUUUUACCACCCUCCAGGAAGGAGGUUCAGCAGCGUUGCACAAGGUGCAUUUCGGUUCUCUACUUCUGUCUCUGCCCCACCCCGCAAUUGACCAAAUACGGCACACACACUUCCACACAACAACCGUUUAUCUCACGGUUGGAAUUCCACUCUCCUUGACACUUUGACCGCACACACUAGUUUGCGUGUGACAAAAACGUGCGAGAACCCGAGGGGGAUCCUGAUAAAGUGCAAAAGACAAAAAAAAAAAAAAAAA